AUGUAUCAGCAACUUAGCACAUAUAGACCAAAACUCUAUUAUGCUAAGGUGCUGUGGAGAAUGCCACUAUCAGGAAGACUGAAAUGCAACACAGAUGGAGCAAGUAGAGGCAAUCCUGGUAGGAGUUCAUAUGGUUUCUGUAUAAGAGAUAGCAGAGGAGAUUUGGUGUAUGCUCAAGCCAAGGACAUUGGAAUCAAGGAAAAUACAGAAGCAGAAGCUGAGGGUUCAUGGACUACACCAUGGGAGUUAAAGGACAUUGUGGAGGACAUCAAAGAGGGCCUGAGAUUUAUACAAGGUCAAAGCAUGCACACUUUCAGAGAAGGCAACAAACUGGCAGGUUUCCUUGCAAAUCAGGCUUUAGACAAUGAAGACUUGGAACUGAAUAGCUUUGCAGAUGUGCCUAGAGAAGGAAGCAAGAUCAUCGACAUGGACAAGUCACAAAUUCCUCAACUGAGGAUCAAAACAAGGAGGAUAAGUCGAAUAUGCAGCUAA